AAGGCGCGAUUAGAGCAGCGCUGCUUCGCGUGGAGAUGUCGAAAGCGCCGAACGAUCCGCUGACCACUUUCAAGCUGGUGGUGGUGGGCGACGGCGGCGUCGGGAAGAGCGCGCUCACCAUCCAGUUCUUCCAGAAGAUGUUCGUCACGGACUACGACCCCACCAUCGAGGACUCGUAUCUCCAGCACACCGAAGUCGACGCCGAGUGGUGCGUUCUGGACGUGUUGGACACCGCGGGUCAGGAGGAGUUCUCCGCAAUGCGGGAGCAAUACAUGCGCAAAGGUAGGCGAAGUGGUCUCGCGGCAACUGAUCUCAUUGUUUGCCGUUUCCCAGGCGACGGCUUCCUCCUCGUCUAUUCGGUGACCGACAAGCAGUCGUUCGAAAACAUUCGCCAUUUCUUCACUCAAAUUCUUCGCGUCAAAGACCGCGACUCUUAUCCCAUGCUUUUGGCCGCCAACAAAGUGGACCUGGUCCAUCUGCGCAAGGUCACCGAGGAGCAGGGCCGCGAGAUGGCCGCGCAACUCAAGGUGCCGUACAUCGAGACGAGUGCCAAAGACCCGCCCCUCAACGUGGACGCCGCCUUUCACGAAGUCGUGCGAAUCAUUCGAAAUCAACCCCAAAAUGGAGACAAAAGACGGAAAACAUGGUUCAGAAGAAGACAACGCAAGAAGUGUCACAUCACGUGAUCGACCG